UUAUGAUCUGCUGACUGUUCACACUCACACAGAACUUCACUCUGUAUGCCAAUUUUUAGAGAGAGAGAGAAGGUAGAGAUUUAGAAAGAGAGAGAUUGAAAGUCGGCAAAUGGCGAUGUCUUUGGGGGUUUUCUCCGGCGCAUUCGCCGGAGAAACGGCGUCAUUGGUCAACUCAUCUUCGCUCAGGCUUGUUGCUCCUGUUGUUAAUCCAUCUCGUGUUAACCUGCGCUCAGUGUGCUUUGUAACCCUGGCCACCGCGUCCAAGCCGGCGUCAGAGACCACCAAGCGCGAGCCGAGAGGUAUCAUGAAGCCACGCCGAGUCUCGCCGGAAAUGCGAGCGUUCCUCGGAGGCGUUUCCGAGAUUCCUCGCCCCCAAGCCCUCAAGCAGAUUUGGGCUCACAUCAAACAGCACAACCUUCAGGACCCAGAAAACAAGAAGGUCAUAGUCUGCGAUGUGGAACUGAAGAAAAUAUUUGGGGGGAAGGAUCGUGUUGGGUUUCUUGAGAUUGCAGGGUUGAUUAACCCCCACUUUCUAAAGUGAGCCAGUUUGCAGGAGAAUGGGUUCAGGUUUUACUAGUAAUCCCUUGAGUUUGUUAUUUGUAAAUGUGGCUAUGGUUUCGUAUGUGAUAUUACUCUUAGGAAACAAUAGUGCUGCUAUAUGCCUACAUAUGAGCAUUGCUCUAUCUUAGUUUUGAUGAGUAAUGUUGUUGUUGGCUCAGUAUGUGUAGGCCUCCCUGCGGAACACUUGUGGUGACUGUUAUGUUUUGUUUGUUGAUCAUCUUAAAU